CAUCGGUAUACGGUACCGUAUACCGACUGAUGAUGAGGAAAAAUCUGAUAUCUGAUCAUGGACUGUGACGACGAACUUCUCUAGUUCUUUUGCAGCAGCAGCAGCAAAUGCAAUCAAACAAAUAAAAAUAAAACCAAAAAAGAAAAAAAACAAAAAACAAAAAACAAAACAAAACUGAAAUCUGGCCACUUACAGUCCGAAGCGAGCCAUGGUGGAGCUGAGGCACUCGAGCUCGAUCGGAGCUCGGUCCUCUUCGUCUCCAAUGAAGCGCGAAGAGGACUCCUCCCCUCUGAUCUCCGACGCCUUUUCCGACGACGACGCUCGCGGCCGCCACGCCCACAAGGAUCGCGACCGCUCCUUCUUCUGCUCCCAUUUCCACUCCCUCUUCCCCGACGAUUCUAGGGUUUCUCCCCAUAACUCCAGGAUCUCGCUCUUCUUCCUCGUCUUCCUCCUCCUCGUCGCCUCGAUCUCCAUUUUCUCCGUCGUCAAACACAUGAAUACUCCAUACUUGUGUUGGAAAGAUGGCAUUGUUCUUCACUGCCCACAAGUCAAGGAACCUCCUUCACUGUGGGAGAAUCCUUACUCAGCAACCACGUCUUGGAAGUCGUGCGCUGAGCGCCGGGAUGGUGGGAUAUCAGAUCUUCCUCCUGAGAAUGAAACAAAUGGAUACAUAUUCAUCCAUGCCGAGGGAGGUUUAAAUCAACAACGAAUUGCGAUAUGCAAUGCAGUCGCAGUUGCCAAGAUAAUGAAUGCUACUCUUAUUUUGCCAGUGUUGAAGCAGGAUCAGAUUUGGAAAGACAAAACGAAUUUUGAAGACAUCUUUGAUGUAGAUCAUUUCAUUGAUUACCUAAAGGAUGAUGUGCGGAUUGUUCGUGAUAUUCCUGAUUGGUUUACAGACAAAACAGAGCUUUUUUCAAGUAUAAGACGGACGGUAAAAAAUAUUCCAAAGUAUGCACCUGCGCAAUUUUAUAUUGACAAUGUUCUACCUCGAGUCAAAGAGAAGAAGAUAAUGGCCCUAAAGCCUUUUGUUGAUCGACUUGGGUAUGAUAAUGUUCCUCCGGAGAUUAACAGGCUGAGGUGCAGGGUGAACUAUCACGCUCUGAAAUUUCUUCCUGAGAUAGAGCAGAUGGCUGAUUUAUUGGCAGCAAGGAUGAGAAACCGUACUGGAAGUUCAAAUCCUUACAUGGCUCUUCAUCUUAGGUUUGAGAAAGGGAUGGUUGGCUUGUCUUUCUGUGAUUUUGUGGGGACGAGAGAGGAGAAAGCUAGCAUGGCAGAAUAUAGAAAAAAAGAGUGGCCACGACGAUACAAGAAUGGUUCCCAUUUAUGGCAACUGGCCCUGCAGAAGCGAAAGGAAGGACGAUGUCCACUCGAGCCAGGGGAAGUGGCAGUCAUUCUCCGGGCAAUGGGUUACCCCAAGGAAACUCAAAUUUAUGUUGCUUCCGGGCAGGUCUAUGGUGGACAGAACAGAAUGGCACCCCUCCGGAACAUGUUCCCAAAUCUGGUAACAAAGCAGGAGCUGGCGACUCAGGAAGAGUUGGAUAAAUUCAAGAAGCAUGUGACUAGCUUGGCUGCACUCGACUUCUUGGUGUGCUUGAAGUCCGAUGUCUUUGUGAUGACUCACGGAGGUAACUUUGCCAAGCUGAUCAUUGGGGCUCGCCGGUACAUGGGACACCAUCAAAAAUCCAUAAAACCAGACAAGGGUCUUAUGUCCAAGUCUUUUGGGGACCCAUACAUGGGAUGGGCGACCUUUGUUGAGGACGUUAUUGUCACCCACCAGACGCGGACUGGAUUGCCAGAAGAAACCUUCCCUAACUAUGACUUAUGGGAGAACCCUCUAACUCCAUGCAUGUGCAAAGCUUGAACAGAACAGGGAUACUCAACUCAAAGUUUCUCCCAGAUUGCUUUCAGAGCUUCGACUCCGAGAACUUGGGUACAAUGUUUGUGGAAUUAAAUUUCUCUUUGUCAGAAGGUAGUCGAGAAAUCCGCAAGGAGUGGCUAAUGGAAACGCUAAGGUGGGAAAUUGAGGGUAUGCACGCGAAGUACAGACGGCAGGAGAUAGAUUUAACAAUUUCAUGACGGGCCUUUUAUUUUUAUUAUAACCAUUUGUUCUAUCUUCUUUUCAGAAACGGUCAGCGAUCAAGGUCUCGAUUUUUCUAAUAUAUAUAUUUUUUUCUUUUGCAGUUCUGUCUCAAGAACAUGAACAUAAAUUCUCUUGUAUCAUUUAAACUCUGUAAAUU